UUAUUAUGUGUCGAUUAGAAAAUAAAGUACCACUUUACAAAAGGCAACAGAAUGGAGAUCUUGACUUGCCACGUUUGAGCUGAGCUAGCCUCCAGCAUCACGUGACUCAGAGCCGCCAGUGAUGUCUGACAAGUGAUGGCCUUGGCACACUUUCAACAGCCUUUUACUUGUGUUUCAAGCUUUCACUCUGAGAGAAAGAAUUCCCCAUUUGAUCUUCAAGGCUGAGAAGCAAUGAGAACAAACGCCAAAUAGUAUCUCUCUCUCUCAGGAGAGAAAGAUGUGGUCAUUAAGUACAGACCAUACCUCCUCAAAAUUUUAAUGGAUAAAAAUUACAACUCUUCCACCAUUCUUUUUCUCAGCAGUAGUCAGGAUGAGUUAUAUCCUUUGGCUGGGCUUUCUGCUUUCAGGUUUGCAAUUGAAUUUCUCUAAAUGAAAAACAUGUUUCUGUUCCACUAAAGAAGCCAGAAUGAGCAUAGCUUCAUACAUUAUUCUGAUGUUUGCUAACGAAGCUGUUUUCUCUUCUUAUAGCAUAGAACACACAGUGCAGACAUUCAAUGAAAACCAGACAGCGUCAUAUUGUGACCAUUAAGAAGGCCAAGGCCAGGCAGCAGAGGACCACAGACAUCAGCCCGCACCAUCAUGGACGAAGCUGACUUUUCAGAAGAUGCAACGUACAAAGAACAGGAAGACUUGCCUUAUGAUGGGGACCUCCCCCAGACAAAGGCAUGCACUUCUUACAGCUUUACCUGGACGAACGACCCACUUUCUGUCUCAGAAGAAGUUGUUCUUGCUGGAGGAGACCUUCAGGAUACGGCUGCUCUCCAUGAGAUGUGCCAUCACACAGCUCUGGAUGCGGCUUGGGAUAAGAUGCCUGGAUAUGUUGUCAGCAACAGACGAGAUAAAGAUAAACUACGCACCUUGGCUUCUCCUGCUUCAGCUAGUGAAGGAGUUACCUCAAAUUCACACAUUUCGGAUAUUUUACUCCAUUAUCUUUCCAGGGAGCAGUUCCCAAGAGAUCAAGGCGGUGACUGCAAAACUCUCCCAGAGACCUUGAAUACUGACAGUCUUGAUGAUGUAGCUCUUUUUACAACUAUCAUUUCACAUUAUGCAAAGAAUUAUUGUCUCCCAGAAUUCACUGACCAGUUCGGUCCCCAAAGUGGUGCAGAAAAUAGCAACAAGCCCAGAUGUCCUCCAGGCACACCAGGAAAAAACACUUGUCCCUUAGAAAAACCAGUGACUGCUAGGCAGAGCAACCAUCUAGAAGAUAUAAGCUUUCUAAGUAGAACUAAGCGUCCAGGCGAUAAACAUAAAAACUGCCUGGGGCAAAUAUCCCAUAGACAGAUGACUGAAAAAGCAAAUUCAGGCAACCAGUUCAAACAUGGCCAAGGUCAAGUGCACGACCCUCUCCCAGAUUUUUCUAAGGUCAUUCCCAAAGUGAAAAUCGCUAGAAAUACCGUAACUAAUAAACCAUUUACAAUAGCUAACCAAGCCAGCUUUUCUCCUAGGUUGAGAAAUAAAUCAACAGUUGUGCAAGAUAGUUUAGGAAUCACGUCUGGGUCAAACUGUGUUGAAAAACAACCAGAGCAAAAACAGAAAUGUACUGAACCUUCGCAACAAACACAGAUGGAGUCUGCCAUAGACACCCUCCAAGGACUUCUCACAGCGGUUGAAUCCGAGAACUAUCGGGGGACAUUGCUAUCACCACCUCCGAAAUAUCCUUCCUCAAAUUCUUACAUAUACCAAAAGAUCUCCCAAGGAAAACAGAUGUGCCAGAAACUGAAAGAACAGACUGACCAGCUAAAGACUAAGGUACAAGAAUUUUCCAAAAGAAUAAAACAGGACUCUCUCUGUCAUUUGCAAGACAUAAGAUUGAUGACAGAGGAGCAUGCUUGCUGUCUUCCAGGGCCCUGGGGCUCCCAAGGAAUGGAGGUGACAGGUCUGCCAAGGGCAGGGCCACAGGAGGCCACCUCCAAGGAGUUCAGUGAUCUGGUCUCUAUGAUGAAACAGAAAAUAGAGAAAAGAGACCACAGAAGGACCAACUGUGGGAAGCUUCCCAGUACCAUCCAUGGAAAAACACCGUACCAAGAUUCAUCUCUCAUUUCCGAUCCAGGGCCCGGCUUCUCCUCUGACUCUGCUCCUGGGCUACAGAGUAACAGAUGUGAGGACUGUGGCAGUAAGACUCACAACUCCCAAAGAAUCUGCGAUGAAAACCCACCGAAAGAAUUCUAUUACAGAUAUGAUGCUCCAGGGCAAAAUGACUUAAAUCACAGUGGAGGAUACAUCUUUGCCCAGUCUCACUUCUCACAUGAAAAUAAAAUGUCUUCAUCUUCUUGUUCAAAAUCAAAACGGAUCUGUUUCCAGAGCGUGAAUGCAGAACCCUUUCAAGAUGAGCACAAUUCCACGGCAGGAAAACAUCCCGAGAAUUACCUGACCUGUAUCUCAGACCCUGAAGCACCCUCACCCCACCUCCACUUCCUCAGGAUUCCUGGAAUCCAGUCCUUAUGUGACAGUUAUAGCAUGGAAGAAACAGAAUCUAAGGUUCUGAACUCUGCUUUGGAUCAUGCCUUAAAAACAGCAACCAUAUUGAAAACAAUCACUGAGCAGAUGAUAAAAUCCAUUGCGGAAGACCUCACCAAAGCACAGCAAUGGAGGCACCAGCUAAAAUACUACUAACUCAAGUCAAGUCAGCCAAGGGUUAAAAUUCUUGGUCUUUUUCCAAAAUAUUUUACUUAUGACACAAUGUAGGAAGAUGGCUUUCUAGAGAAAACACUAAAUGGAUUACACGAAGUGCUUAAAUGAGAAAACAAAGGAACAAACCUGGCCCUCUGGCAUUUAUGUAUUUACGUGAAGAUAAAUCUAUGUUCUAUCUAUGUUCUUCAUAAUUCAUAAUAAAAUAAAAACAAUAAAACAAA